AAGGAACUUCAACAUCUAGAGAAUACUUCUUGUCCGAUAUCUUCAACAUGAAUUGGGCAACAAUUGCACCAGAAUCCCGCAUCUACAAAGGCAAGAACCUUUUUAGAUGGGAGGUUUCUCCAGGUCUUGAGCACCAUUGCGGGAUAUGUGCAACACCUCUCCAUAAUGCGCGUGCGAAAACUUCUUGCAUCGGAAAGCAUGUCGAACCUUGUUACAGGUUCCAUCAACAAUUGCAUUUCGUUGGCAAAUCACACGAAUGCUUUGGCUGCAAUUCCUCUGAUGAGAUGCACCACAACCGGCAUAAGGAAAUCCUCAAGAUCAUACGCGAGCUAUCUGCCCUCGAUCAAGCCAAUGCUAUGCUCCCCCCAGGCUACGCUUUCAGCGGAAGCAAACCCCGUCGAGGUUCUACGCUAACGGCAAGUACCAACACCUUCACGGAUACGAGUUCAGAGAGCGUCGGCGGGGAAACCUCUAAGGUGACAAGGAGAGAACGGAAGAAAGCAAAAAAGUCCGGCAAUAACUCUACCAGCAAGGGUCGGCGCAAUGUGGAAGCGUUUCCAAAAGAAGAAUUGGACUUUGUCAGCGAAGCACUUCAUCUGAGUGUGCAUGAGAGCAAGGGUGCUUGGGAAGGUACAUACAUCUACGAUCACAAGCAGCCCGAAUCCGAAGAGAGUGGUGCUAUUGUCGAUGAUGCCGACAUUGAUACAGACAUUGAUAGCGUUGCCGGGCAAAUCGAUAAUCUCAGCGUCAAGUCUCCCGAGAACAUGACACCCAGGCAAAGAAAAACUGUAAAGAAAUUCACCAGCUCGAUCAACCACUCAAGUUACGGUGGCGGCUCUCGCAAAUUCGCUUCUCAAACUUCACCAAAAACUGAUCCCUUCGAUGGCCUUGAUCCCAAGAUUUUCUUCCGGCUCGGCGUCGAAGUGGAAUACCCUCCCAAGAACUCGAAGACUCGAAAAGAACUUGUCACAAAGUUGGUCGCCGCGGCCAAGGAGGAUAUCGAGAUCAUUGAGCGAGAGGAAGCGGAGUCCGCGAUGAGGGAGGAAGGUUUCUGGAGAUGGGCCGGCAAAACGGCGUACCAUGCAAUUCUGCAGACACGACAAGAGCUAGAUUGGGCGACUGGACAGAAGAAGGGUGCCCCGAGGAUUGACUUCCCCGAAGAUGAGAUGAGGUCCGACCUAGAAGCGAAAGCAGUUGGAGAAGCCAUUCUAGACGAGGUCAUUCAAGCUCCCGAGGAAGUUGCCGAAGAUGAAAACGAAUGGCAGCAAGUCGGAAAAGCAUCAAUGACACCAGCCCUGAAGGAAUUGAAGGUUUACGUCAAGAAGGCGGCCGUCACGAAGAAGAAUGUCCUCACGAAAGUGCAACCAUUACCCGACGCCAGUAACUUCAACGACUCCACCGAGUUUAUCGAAGAGGAAAGCGCAGGUGAUGUCGAUGAGAUGGUGAAGCGCUACUCGCAGCGAUUGGCAGGCAAGAGAGAUCUGGGCGGCAACUCUCCGACAUCUGACUCUAAGAAGCGGGAAGGAAGAUUGGUCAUUUCAGUCAAAUGAGUGCACACCUUUGGUGGAUAUGUUGCGUUUACUGGCUGGAUUUUGUUGAGUUUGUUACAGGUUGUGCUUGACUCGCCACCUUUUUGACUUUUCCUUUCCCACGUUUUGCGCAUUUUGACUUUAGAGCACGCACAGUUGAUGACCAGAUAAGAAGGAGGGAAUUGACCGAAUCUGAAGGCUGGCCUUGCCAAAGGCACUCUCCACUCACUUUCAUGAGAUAGUGUAUGUAAUGAUAAUGAAUUUUGACAUGAG